GGCCGUAGCAUCGCUACAACGUGGCUACGUCGCGUAGAUUCUUGUGUAACCUCCGAACAAUACCACAGACGACCGUUCGCACCGUUUUGUUAUUUUUUGUUAGAAUGUGAAUAAAGGCCCUUUGUGAGUGGAAACUUGAAAACCAAAAGUAUGCUCGGACGGCAUUGUAUCCAAAACUACAGUUAAUGGUUUUUGAACAUUAAUUUGGAGCAUGAUGUUACAGAUUGGACGGUUUAGUGUUGCGGUAGACUGAAUGGCGUGUAAAGGAUCCGCAACUAGAUGUUGUGUAUUAUAAAUAAGGCCCAAAUCGUGUUUGUAACCCAUGUGACGGUAGUGUUAGUGGAACGUAAUUAAUAUCAGACAAUUAAAUAGUGGGUGGAACAUGGAAUUUCGGUUUCCGUCAACUGAUUUUCAGCUCUAAGGUACAGACAAAAUGUUGUGACGUCGACAUCGAGAGAACGGGACGAAAAUGUAUUCUUACCAAAAUGUAAAUAGAACUCUAUUGUUCAUAGUGCUGCUGUCGCUAAAACUGUGUAGUCCUCAAGACUUGAAUGAGGAGUUUAGUAAUGAUGAUAUAAGUGAAAUACAGACUAUGGUAGUGAAGAAAGUGGCGAGAAACGUAGCAAGUCCUUGCAGAUUGAGUGAGUUAUUGUGUGACACUGGACAGUGCAUAUCUUUGGACAAGUAUUGUAAUGGAGAAGACGACUGUGGAGAUAAGAGCGACGAACCAAAGUCUUGUUCACCGUGCAACAGAACAUACUUUGGUGACGUGGGACGUACUUACGAACUGGAAGUAAGGAGACCCAGAGAGGAUCAUUUGCCCUUUGUCUGCCAUCUUAACUUCACUGCUAAUGGGGGAAACUACGGGGAUAUUAUACAGCUUACCUUCGACACUUUCACCGUCGGGAAGUUCGUGUCAUUCACAUCAGACGGCUGUCCCGACGGUCAUAUGACCAUAGUAGAGAGAAGUCCUUCACCUCCCACCGGGCAAUGGUGUGGCUCGGCGUGGGGUUACACGGUGUACUUCAGUGAAUCAGACUCUAUUAAUAUGACGUUAAGGUUGGAUAGAUUGAGCCAGCAGGGUGUGGGAUACAAUUUCGACUUCAAGUUGGCUUACAAGUUUCUAAGACGGAGUGAAGCUCGGCUGCGGUAUGGGAACGCCACUGUGGGGGCUUGGAGGGGGGACAGGGUGCCUGGGACGUACUGCGACCGCAUCCUCAGCGACUGCGAUUUACGCGCUUGUCGCAUUCAGUCGCCGAACUUUCCUGGUGUCUAUCCUCGAAACGCGACGUGUACUUACCGCAUUGAACAUACUAAGAUACCAGCAGAUAAACACGUGCUUCUCGCCGUACGGCAGACGAACAGUCAUAAAAUACAUAUCAAAGACCAAAUAGUCAAGUACGACAGAAGUCAACGUGUUUUGAAGAUAUGGGACCAAUGUAACGUGGUGCAAGACUAUCUAACCGUAUGGGAUGGACCUACACGAGACUCGCCUGUGUUAGUCCGAUUGUGUGGUGGUGACGCUGUUCCUGAUAUUGUCAGUAGAGGGCCUAACAUGCUGCUCGAGUUUCACACUUCACCGUACGACAACCCUUUCCAUCCGGUGCCAUUGAGCUAUUUGCCUGGUUUUGAGUUGGAAGUUCAGGUGCUGUACGUGGACAAAGAAUCUCACUCGUACGUGCGCUCCGACGGACGUUGCCGCUUUGUGCUGCGCUCCUCAGACAAAACGAGCGGUGUGCUCAGAAAUCCUAGGCACUCUCUACCCCCAAAUACCUCGUGUGUAUACUACUUUCAGGGCCGUCCCAACGAAAUAGUAUGGGUGUCAUUCGUGAAGUACCACUCAGCAGGGACGGAGCCAGCUGGUUUCGAUCAACAGAAGGACUGCUCCUCCCAGCUCACCAUAUGGGACGGCGCGGCACCCGAUGCCGACCUCGACAAAAAGUUGGAUAUGAGUGACAAAAAGUCACUUCUCGGUUCUUUCUGCCGUGAAGAAUCGCCGAAACUGUGUGACCACGCACUUCUAUCCAACGCAACAAGGGCCACAAGACCCUGCGCUCCGUCUGAGAGCUACAUCACUAGUGGACCCGCGUUGACUAUCUUACAGGAGUUGCGUCAAGGCUCAGCUCUAUACCCCGUUUCGUUCGUUCUGCGCUAUGAGUUUGUGGACGUGAGCGAGCAAGGACAACCACUCGCGGGCUCGCAAUCAGCUUGUGAUAGAGUUUUCAAGUCUGCUCAAACUUACUCUGGUAGAUUCCAAGCACCUAGAGCAAUAUUUUACUACGGAAGAGGCGGUGCACAGAAUCUAACGUGCAUUCUGAGAUUCGAAGCGAAACAAGGCGAAAGGGUGCAACUGACGUUCACAAAUAGCUAUUUUGGGAACAAACAUUGUAGUACACACAAAGACUCUCGAAUGGGACGUUGGAAAUGCGAUAGGCUUGCGAAACGAACCACCGUUGGUGGCGAAGGCUUUGCUCAAAUUAUCAUUACUGAGUAUCCGUGGGAAGGGGUACCAAUACAAAGAGACUGUCUUUGUACUAACAGAUCCGAACCAUUGAAUAUACACACUUUAACAGCUCCCGUUGUUGAAGUUAAUUUUACGAUAACAAUGAUGAAUAUAACAGAAGAUUACGACGACUUUGCUUUUGAGGGUGAAUAUAAAUUUAUUCCAACCGGACCGGGUGACGAAAGUGUUUGCUCAUCGGGGUGGGGCGAUCGUAAACUAAGAGGUAGUAGUGGAGAAAUUAGACUUUUUGAUAAAAGGCAUACACCAAUAUCACCGGAAAUUGUUGGAGAUAGGAAUGUUAUAUCGGAAAGUGUCAGAGCAGAGGUUGCCUGUGUUCAUAGACCAUGGUUAAUAGAGCCAGGAGGUGACGAUGUAACACCAGUUCAAGGGCGAUAUUUAUACAUAAAAGUUCCUGGAUAUGAAGUAACCUCUUCGUCACCAUUUUGCUCGACACCAAAUAGACUGUUUAUUUAUGAAGCUCGAGACACUUCUAAACUUCGGGAAAUCUGUCCAGAAGGAUCAAACAUUAUAGAACUGUUCUCUCCUGGAUGGAAAUCUCCUCAAACCCCUAUUGAGUCGUCCUUAAAACCAAAUGCCAGAAGUUACGUGAUUGAUUUCUUGCAACAUGAACAAGCAGAUUAUUCUAUAAAAUGGAUAGAAAUUAUGAAGAAACCUAUUUUUGAACACGAUCCAGAUGCAAACCUUCUACCAGCGUCGUUCAGCUUAGAAUGUCAUCAGAGCUGUCCUGAACUCAACGCCUGCAUACCACUUGCAUUGUGGUGCGAUGGUAGCCCCCAUUGCCCGUCGGGCUAUGACGAAGACGACGCUAACUGUUCAUUCAGGAUAUCAUUGCCACCGCCAUACGUCGCUGCAGCAGCUGGAGCUGGUCUUCUGAUAUGCGCUAUCUCCGUAGCUUUGUGUGCUUGCCGAAGACAUCGAAGAAAAGACAAAGAGUUUAAAGCGAGGUUAGAUGGAGCAUUGCCUCCAGAGGAAAGACCUUAUGAUCGUGCUAAAGCAAAUGGAACCGCUGUGCCUGAAGCUGCUCAACAAUACGCUACAGUGCAAAAGUACGCUACUAUAGAUAAGUACAGCUUAAGUCAAAAGUAUAGUGCUGGAUUGAAUGACGCUAGGUACUACGAUGAGGUUGCACAAAGGGAUAAGCUUGCGGAUACAAGGUACGCUAGUUUAGGUCGAGGCGGUCGAGGUUUACGAGUUGAAAAUAAUAGAGCGAACGGAUCUCGGAGAGCUAUGCCCGAUCUAGGAUAUCCGGACCUCAAAGAUGGCUUUUGUUGACCCUCUCCGGAUCUUUUAGAAACGACCGUCUAGCAAUUUGGGAAUUUCGGAGACAUUCCGGAAAUAAUCGUUAUUAUCUAAUGAUUUGUGUUUAAUGUGAAAUAUUAGAGUGAAGACUGAAUUUGGCAAAAGUGCCUCCCUAAUAUUUUUGGUUAGAUCAAGUAGAAAUUGUAAAAAAAAUAAGCUGUUUUAACGACUGUGUUCAGCCAGAACGUUACAGAUUUGCUCUCAAUAGUAGUUGGCUUUUAUAUUAUAUACAUACCUACACUUUGUUGAAAAUAUCGUCCUCCGCAUUGUAGGUAAUUUGUAAAUAGAACAAUACUAAAACUACAGUUACUGCUCAAGUUAUAUCAGAAUCUGUUACAACUUCUUGGGUUAACAUUGUCUCAUCAAAUAACAUAUCUAAAAUGUAUAUAAAAGGCUUGACAAUACGA